CAGAAAGUGUCCCAGUACAUCAUCAUCGUCCAGGCCACAGACAUGGAGGGGAACCUGAACUUUGGCCUGUCCAACACGGCCACCGCCCUCAUCUCUGUGACCGACAUCAACGACAACCCUCCCGAGCUGACCGCCAGGACGGUGAGUCUCCUGUCCACCCUAGGACUGACCGCUACUGUAGGGCCACACAUCUGUCUUCAUGACAGGAUAACAUCAGUUGAUGGAUAUUCAACAGGGCAGUGCCCCAACUCUGCAGUAGAUGCAAUCCAUGUGUCUGAUGCUAUAUUAGAGAACAAGAGGUCAUGGCUCUUUGACAGGACGUAAGAGAGCUGGACAGACAAGAGGGACAGAGACAUGUGGAGAGAUAAAAAUAGGGAGAAGAAAGGGACCAAAGGGAAAGAGAGAAAGAGGGAGCUACUGAAGUAAAGGGAGAGUGGUUCGGAGCGACAUGGAGGGACAGAAAGAGAGGGAGGAGAGAGAAUGAUCAUAGGCAUUCUAUUUGGUGACGGUAGGAGCCCUCCCUCCUCUGGUGACCAUGGUUUGUCUGCAGGCGUCUGGCCUCAGUCUGGAGGCAGCCUGUCUUCCGUAUUGUGUGUGUCUGUCUGAGUGUGUGUGUGUGUGUGUGUGCGCGCAUCUGUGCAUGCAUGUAUGCGUGCAUCAAAAGGGAGGAGUAGUCUGUCUCUCCCUUCGUUGGUUUCUCUUUCUCUCUCUUUCUCCAUCUCUCUGCUCUUUCUGUCUGUAUGUCCAUCCAUCUGCAGAGAGAGGAGUGUGCCAGGCAGGCAGCAGCGUAGUUCCAGCCGGAUGCUCUGAUAAGAGGACCCAGCUGUCAGAGACUAGCCCACUGAACAAUGCCUCGCCUCGGACCACUCUGUCCUGUCUCUGUCACUCCCCUCUCACAGGGGAACACUCAAACCUCCACAGGCACAUGCACGCACACACACACACACAUGCACUGCCUUGCCACACUCCUCUCCACUCUACACUGUCUCUACUCUCUCCACAGCUCAGCCUCUGUAUGCUGUUGUAGGGCCACUGGUGUAUCAGACAUGGUGUUGGGUGGAAGGAGAGUGUUGAGUAUCCUCACUGCCUCACAGUGUUUAGAACCGUGUGGCAUUGCAAGAGCGAUAACACAUUAUAAUAGCAAACAAACCAGGAUGACAAAGGAGGAGAAAGAAACAAGCUUUGGCAACAUGGUUUAGAACACAUGGUUUGGAACUCAAGUGUCAAACUGUGUGUUCCAACAGUAACAGAUGGAUGGGUCUCUGUUGUGGAGGGACAGUGGUUAUGUUGGUGCAGACUGCAGAGGACAGGGGAGGGAGGAAGAGAAGAUGAGUGGGUACAGGAGAGGACAUGUUAGUCAUAGAGACAGCUGUCUUACUGUCUUACUGCUGUGUAUGACACACAUAGCUUUACUCGUGGGCACACACAUACACAGACAAAAACAAACACACUCUAUUUUCCUAGAAGAUUGCAGUAUUAUCCAGGUUCUCUGUUGCUUUGUUUGGCAAUCCCUGUUCUUCUCUUCCCACACAGCAAACUCCACUUGGAGCAGUUACAGUGGGGGAAAAAAGUAUUUAGUCAGCCACCAAUUGUGCAAGUUCUCCCACUUAAAAAGAUGAGAGAGGCCUGUAAUUUUCAUCAUAGGUACAUGUCAACUAUGACAGACAAAAUGAGAAAUAAAAAUCCUGAAAAUCACAUUGUAGGAUUUUUAAUGAAUUUAUUUGCAAAUUAUGGUGGAAAAUAAGUAUUUGGUCAAUAACAAAAGUUUCUCAAUACUUUGUUAUAUACCCUUUGUUGGCAAUGAUACAGGUCAAACGUUUUCUGUAAGUCUUCACAAGGUUUUCACACACUGUUGCUGGUAUUUUGGGCCAUUCCUCCAUGCAGAUCUCCUCUAGAGCAGUGAUGUUUUGGGGCUGUCGCUGGGCAACACGGACUUUCAACUCCCUCCAAAAUUUUCUAUGGGGUUGAGAUCUGGAGACUGGCUAGGCCACUCCAGGACCUUGAAAUGCUUCUUACGAAGCCACUCCUUCGUUGCCCGGGCGGUGUGUUUGGGAUCAUUGUCAUGCUGAAAGACCCAGCCACGUUUCAUCUUCAAUGCCCUUGCUGAUGGAAGGAGGUUUUCACUCAAAAUCUCACGAUACAUGGCCCCAUUCAUUCUUUCCUUUACACGGAUCAGUCGUCCUGGUCCCUUUGCAGAAAAACAGCCCCAAAGCAUGAUGUUUCCACCCUCAUGCUUCACAGUAGGUAUGGUGUUCUUUGGAUGCAACUCAGCAUUCUUUGUCCUCCAAACACGACGAGUUGAGUUUUUACCAAAACGUUCUAUUUUGGUUUCAUCUGACCAUAUGACAUUCUCCCAAUCCUCUUCUGGAUCAUCCAAAUGCACUCUAGCAAACUUCAGACGGGCCUGGACAUGUACUGGCUUAAGCAGGGGGACACGUCUUGCACUGCAGGAUUUGAGUCCCUGGCGGCGUAAUGUGUUACUGAUGGUAGGCUUUGUUACUUUGAUCCCAGCUCUCUGCAGGUCAUUCACUAGGUCCCCCCGUGUGGUUCUGGGAUUUUUGCUCACCGUUCUUGUGAUCAUUUUGAUCCCACGGGGUGAGAUCUUGCGUGGAGCCCCAGAUCGAGGGAGAUUAUCAGUGGUCUUGUAUGUCUUCCAUUUCCUAAUAAUUGCUCCCACAGUUGAUUUCUUCAAACCAAGCUGCUUACCUAUUGCAGAUUCAGUCUUCCCAGCCUGGUGCAGGUCUACAAUUUUGUUUCUGGUGUCCUUUGACAGCUCUUUGGUCUUGGCCAUAAUGGAGUUUGAAGUGUGACUGUUUGAGGUUGUGGACAGGUGUCUUUUAUACUGAUAACAAGUUCAAACAGGUGCCAUUAAUACAGGUAACGAGUGGAGGACAGAGGAGCCUCUUAAAGAAGAAGUUACAGGUCUGUGAGAGCCAGAAAUCUUGCUUGUUUGUGGGUGACCAAAUACUUAUUUUCCACCAUAAUUUGCAAAUAAAUUCAUAAAAAAUCCUACAAUGUGAUUUUCUUGAUUUUUUUUCCUCAAUUUGUCUGUCAUAGUUGACGUGUACCUAUGAUGAAAAUUACAGGCCUCUCUCAUCAUUUUAAGUGGGAGAACUUGCACAAUUGGUGGCUGACUAAAUACUUUUUUCCCCACUGUAUUAUUUGUGUAUGACAGACACAGAAAAUAAUGUGCAUCUCUCAAUGGGAGAUGGAGAGAAAACAUAAACACACUAAUUAAGUAAAAUUGCUUGCGGGGGCGUAAACCAAGCAGAUAUAUUGCUUCUAAUUUGAAAAAAGCCAAAUGUUUUUUUCAUUUCAGAACAUGGGCAUGAAUAUGAGUGUGAUGUUCGUCAUUAUGUGAAAAACAAAAAGACAAAGGUACUUGCCACAACUCAUCAGGCUGCAUUCAGCGACUGUAUAAUCUCUCUCUCCUAGUGUUAUGGUGGUGUGAUCUAAUCAAGUGCAUUACACUCAAACUAAACUCUAUAAUCCUGUCGACGUUUUCAAUUCAUAAUGGUGGGUGUUUGGAGCUGUGGUAUGUAGGUUCAUAUGUUCAAAUCUCAGCCAGAUAGAUUCCAGUAUGCCUUGAUUGCAUGCUAUUGCUGGUUUACCUGUAGAGCCUCUGUGUCUAAUAGACUAGUUUUACUUAAGCGUAUUACUGAAGGACAGUCAGUGGCAUGGUGUUGGCACAGGAGGCGUCAUUGACUAUUAGUGAUAGUAAAUGUGCAACUGCAUGUGGCACUGGUGUGACAUGAAAAAGGCAGAAAUUAAGUGUGUUGGUGUUGCCAAUGCCUAGGACUCCUUCACCAUCACAAUGGGGAUAUAAUAACACCCUUAAAACAGAUUUAACUGUGCACCAGAAUUUCAAGAGUUGUUUUUAAGGGCAUUUCUAUUCACAAUUCUUGCUAACAUUAUUGCCUUGUUCUUGCUGUUGUUAUUUUCAACCAAGACUAUGCUUCUAUUGAGAACAGUAAAAGAGCCCAUGGAUUCAUGUUGCGUUGCUGAUUCUCUUGUGAGAAACUGGAAACAUAAUGCAGUACUACACUCUGAAACAGCAGGGUUCUCCUUUUCCAGGCUCAAUUCUUAUAUUAUUCAGUUAUUCUCAAUUCAGUCUCUAAAAUGUUGUGGUUAAAAGCAGUUCAAUGGGACACAUUCCCACUAAGGGUUGGGGUCUAUUCCAUUUUGAACUAGAUGGAUUCCAUUCCAAUUCAACCUCUGCACUUUCUCUUGAACUUCAAUAUAAAUUCCAACCAUUGAUUCUUGAGUUUACCAAAGUAUUCUGAUUUAACUGUGCACCAUUAUCCUCUGUCCUUUUUGAACCCAUGUUGGGAGCUGCAGUUCCCUAACAAGCAACCAGUGGAGGUUCCCUUAAGUAUCUGUUUGUCUCUCUGGCUGCUUAUCAGACAGACCAACUGUUACUUUCAAGGGUGAGGACAUCUUCCCAGAGCCCAGUAUCCAGUUAAACAGUUGCAUAAGGUUUUUAAAACCACAUCUCAUUCUGCCUCUCCCCCUCUCUCUCCCAAUGUUGUCAGACAAGCUUGGAAAGUUGUUUUCCUGUCUGUGUUGAAGCUGGGGAUGAAAAUGAAAUAGAGGAACCCACACACCACAGAUAAUGUGCAUAUUACAUUUAUUCUGUGCUUAUCGGCAUGGCGAUGCUGCGGGGGACAUGGGGCGAGGAGGAGGGCGAGGGGGGAUUGGGGUGCAGCCCCAGCGCCAUGAUGAAGUCAUUAGACUGAACAGCAGCUGGCAGACACACACCAUAAACCAGUUAACGCAUCACAAGAGGAAACAAGGAUUACUGUCUGACAAUGAGAGCUGUGUGUGUGUGUGUGUGUAUGUGUUGUGCAUUUGUGUUUCUUGAUUAUUAAAGAGACUGCUGCAGAAUGUAACUUUGCGACUUGAUUGGACUAGAUUCAUGUACAGUAGGUUUUUGUGUAUGCUGUUUCUGCUGAGUUUCCUCUAUCAUUUAGUGAGACUGAAUGGUUUUAGAUUGGAAUAUAAUGAAGAUCAUUACUCAAAGAUGGUCCAUGCAAUCUAUUUAAUUACAUUACUUAUUGAAUUGCUUAAUUGGUAAAUGUGCAGAGUUAAAUGUAAAUGUGUAAACCCUUCAUUGAACAAAUUCAUUGGUUUAAAUAAAGAUUUCCACACAUAGACAUUCAGCAGUAUAAGGAACAUAAUUACUGUAAUGAAAACAGUGUCUCUAUUAUUCAAAUUCAUGCAAAUAUCUCACUUUCUCUCUCCAACCUCCCUCCCUCACACCCUCUCUCUGUCUGUAGUUUUCGGGGGAGGUCCCAGAGAACAGGGUGAACGUGGUGGUGGCCAACCUGACAGUGAUUGACAGGGAUCAGCCCCAUAGCCCUAACUGGGCUGCCCAGUACCGCAUCGCCAGCGGAGACCCCCAAGGUCACUUCCUCAUCCGCACCAACCCUGUCAACAACGACGGCAUGGUCACUGUGGUCAAGGUAGGGGACUACUUUACUGUUUUACAUAAACAACUCCUAGUGCUUUGGUUCCAUAUUAAUAUUGGUGCAAUUUAGUUGUUAUUUAAUUUAUCUUUGGCUUCUCUCUCUCUUUCUCUCUCUCUCAACCUCCCUCCCUACCUCUCUUUCUCCCCCACCCUUCUCUCCAUCCAGCCGGUGGACUAUGAGCAGAACAGAGCCUUUAUGCUAACUGUGAUAGUCUCUAACAAGGCCCCCCUGGCCAGUGGGAUCCAGUCUUCUCUCCAGUCUUCAGCGGGGGUCACCAUCUCCGUACAGGAUGUUAAUGAAUCCCCUGUCUUCCCCACCAACCCCAAGUCCAUCCGUUUUGAGGAGGGUGUCCCUGCAGGCACCACGCUCACCGUGUUUGCUGCCCAAGACCCUGACCUCUUCAUCCAGCAAACUGUCAGGUACUGGAUGUUCACUGUUUUACAAUAGAUGCUGAUUGUAUUUUGCAUGGAUUUGCUCUCUCGUGAGGCUGAAACACUGCUUUCUGUGACUUUCCUAACUGAACUCUCCCAAGACCAGGGUCCAAUCGUUUCCCUGUUGCCUAGCGACUAGAGACGAAAGGUUAAAUCGUAAUGAGCUGGACUGUGUGUCCAGCCACUCUUUCCUUCUCUACCCCUCUUUCUCUCCAUGUCUCUCCUCAUCGAUCCCUCUAUUGCUUGCGUCCGUGGCCAUACUCCCUGAGUGGGGUGGCACUAGGGGCAUGGUGCCAUCUCUACAUCGACCCAGUGGACCUCCCUGGAGAGAACUCCCACAUACUCACCGGGUCAAAGGUCAUUGAGCCACUACAGCCACUACAUUUCCAGAUUCAGCACCAAUCAAUUCCACUCUAAAUUCAGUCUGACACCCGUACACGGAGGCACUCUGGAAAUGUUAGAGAAUUGAUGCGGUGCCGGCAAACAAAUAAACUCUAAAAAUAAUAUAAUAUGCCAUUUAGCAGACGCUUUUAUCCAAAGCGACUUACAGUCAUGCGUGCAUACAUUUUUGUGUAUGGGUGGUCCCGGGGAUCGAACCCACUACCUUGGCGUUACAAGCGCCGUGCUCUACCAGCUGAGCUACAGAGGACCACUAAAAACACCAGUUCUUCUCAUAAAUGGACUCACUCAUGCAAACUUACUCUUUCACUGUUGUUUUGUCUUCUGAGAGCCACAGAACUCCUCUUCUUCUCUCGCCUCCCUCUCUCUCUAACUCAAUCCUUUCACCAUCUCAGUCUCUUUUUCUCCUUUAUUGAUGGGAAGUCAGCGCUCCCAUCUUCUGCAGAGAUGUCGUUGCAGCAGACAGGCAACUCAUGUUUGGACAGCCUAAUCUUCACUGGCUGAUUCACUUUAGUGACCUUGCACACAGAUGACGUGAGGAUCUACAGUGUGUGUGCACCAGAAGAGACUCCUCUUCCUUUCUCCUUCCCCAUCCCUCCUCCUCCCUUUUUUCUAGCUCAUCUAGAGGGAAGGAAGAGGAGAGGAGAGAGGAGAAGAAAGAGUUGAAUAGGGUCUGAUUUGCCAGCUAAUUUCACUGUCAGACUUGAGGGAUGUAGUGGAAUGUGUGGAUGGAUCAUAUAACUUCCCCACCAGUUGUGUGUCCUUCUCCCUGUGCCAGCCUCUGCCAGCUGGGUGUCAGAGAGAGCCACUGUGGCAUGAGAAGAGAUGACAGGGCCUCUCACACCAACUAGAGACCUCUGUUUCACCUGCCAAGGGACACCAAAUCCAAACUGACAUCCAAGUCUGUUGAGGAGAAGAAAGAGUUGAACAGGGUCUGAUUUGCCAGCUAAUUUCACUGUCAGACUUGAGGGAAGUAGUGGAAUGUGUGGAUGGAUCAUAUAACUUCCCCACCAGUUGUGUGUCCUUCUCCCUGUGCCAGCCUCUGCCAGCUGGGUGUCAGAGAGAGCCACUGUGGCAUGAGAAGAGAUGACAGGGCCUCUCACACCAACUAGAGACCUCUGUUUCACCUGCCAAGGGACACCAAAUCCAAACUGACAUCCAAGUCUGUUGGCAUGACUCUCUGUAACUCUCAUGUUCCUGUUAUUUUGCCUUCUAUUCUGUUGUUGAUAUCCCCAUGAAGGAACACCACAUCUAUCUGUCUUUACCUCCCUCCGUCCCUUGGAGUGCAGGAUUUCCAUUGUUGCAGGAGUCUAAAUGUGGCAGAGUGUGUUUCAUUAGCGGGAGAUAGAUUUAGCUGCCUAGCUGCAAUAAUCUCCCACACAUCUCGUUGGCACUCGCUAACCUGUGUCAUCCUCCAGCGUGUUCUCUAAUUAGACCUAUUAUCAUCAUCAUCAUCAUCAUCGGCAGCAGCAUCAAACCUCUUCCCACCAGGCAUCUAAUCUCUCUAUACCUCUGUCUCUAUAUUUUCAUUAUAUAUACAAUGUAUGUGGACACCCCUUCAAAUUAGUGGAUUCGGCUAUUUCAGCCACACCUGUUGCUCCUGUUGCUGACAGGUGUAUAAGUAUGAAGUGGAAACAUCUAGGAGCAACAACGGCUCAGCCGCGAAGUGAUAGGCCACACAAGCUCACAGAAUGGGACCCACAAGUGCUGAAGCACGUAAAAAUCGUCUGUCCAAGGUUGCAACACUUACUACCGAGUUCCAAACUGCCUCUGGAAGCCACAUCAGCACAAGAGCUGUUCGUCGGGAGCUUCAUGAAAUGGGUUUCCAUGGCCGAGCAGCCGCACACAAGCCUAAGAUCACCAUGCACAAUGCCAAGCGUCGACUGGAGUGGUGUAAAGCUUGCCGCCAUUGGAAUCUGGAGCAGUGGAAACGCGUUCUCUGGAGUGAUGAAUCAUGCUUCACCAUCUGGCAGUCCGACGGACAAAUCUGGGUUUGGCGGAUGCCAGGAGAACGCUACCUGCCCCAAUGCAAAGUGACAAUUGUAAAGUUUGGUGGAGGAGGAAUAAUGGUCUGGGGCUGUUUUACAUGGUUCGGGCUAGGCCCCUUAGUUCCAGUGAAGGGAAAUCUUAACGCUACAGCAUACAAUGACAUUCUAGAUGAUUCUGUGCUUCCAACUUUGUGGCAACAGUUUGAGGAAGGCCCUUUCCUAUUUCAGCAUGACAAUGCCCCCAUGCACAAAGCGAGGUCCAUAUAGAAAUUGUUUGUUGAGAUCGGUAUGGAAGAACUUUACUGGCCUGCACAGAGCCCUGACCUCAACCCCAUCGAACACCUUUGGGAUGAAUUGGAACGCCGACUGCGAGCCAGGCCUAAUCGCCCAACAUCAGUGCCCGACCUCACUAAUGCUUGUGGCUGAAUGGAAGUCCACGCAGCAAUGUUCCAACAUCCAGUGGAAAAUCUUCCCAGAAGAGUGGAGGCUGUUAUAGCAGCAAAGGGGGGACCAACUCCAUAUGAAUGCCCAUGAUUUUGGAAUGAGAUGUGUCCACAUACCUAUGGUAAUGUAGUGUAUCUCUCCCUCUCUAUACACUGUGACAAACGCCUUUUAACGGAGUAAUCACAUUGAUUUACAUUGAUUUUGAAUUCGAGGCAGUGUUACCUGCAUGAAAGUAAGCUCCUGUACCUCUAAUUAAUAUCUCCACUUACAUACUCAUUUGUUUCUGCAAAUUGCUCUUCAUUUGCAUCAGUUUACUCUUGUUAGCUGUCAGCUUUGCCUGGCAAAACCAAGCUGCAAGAAUACCAAACUGCUUCCUGAUACAGGGGAGAUGUGUGCAAUGAUAAACUCCUGAUCCUAUCUGGAAGUUAAGAUUAGAUACAGGGUAUUCGCCAAUUCUACUUGUAUUUGUACUGAAGGAUAUAUUAAGGCAUUAUCACUAUGGGAUUAGAUAUGUUGUAAUAGUUUUUACAUCUACUGUGUGUCUCUAGGUACUCAAAGCUGUCUGACCCAGCUAACUGGCUGAGGAUCAACAGGACCAAUGGUCAGAUCACCACCAUGGCUGUGCUGGACAGGGAGUCUAUGUAUGUCAGGAACAACAUCUAUGAGGCCACCUUCCUGGCUGCCGACAAUGGUAAGUCUGGUAAGUGAGUGUGUGCACGUGGUAAUUCUGUGUGUGUGUGUGUGUGUCUCUGUCUGUCUUCAUGUGUGUACAUGUGCGUGCAUGCGUACUGCAUAAGUGUGUGUGUUGCCUGCUAAAUGUAUCCCUUGUGUACUGUGGAGAGGAGUGAAAUAUCUGUCUAAAUGUACAAAAGGUGAGUGCUGUCAAAGCUGCUGUAGCGAUCGGUGAAGUACUCUAAAACCAAUCGACCCAUUACGAAUAGAGGUGUUUGCUCUCUGUGUUUGAGAGAGAGGGCACAGGUGGUGUGUUAUACCACAGAGAUAUGACAGAUUGGUUUGCGGGAAUGAGGUGUGCUGCCCUCGAGUGCACAGAAUUUAGGCAAACAAGCUGCUGAUUGCCUAUUGAUUCCAAACACCAGUCGACAUGGGGAUAUAUUGCACUUUGAUUGAGUUUUGCUUUUAUUAAUUCUGCUCCACGAAGGAGUGAGCUCAACAAAGCGCUGAACCAAUCAUAACAGACAAGCAGUCAAUGGUGUGCUCUGCUGUGCUGAGGCAAUAGACCUUUACAUAAAGUAGCUGUAGCUCAUGCACUGCGUUACUUUGUAAUAGAAAACAGAGGUGGAUCUCCUCAGUGUGAUGAGCUUGGGUAAACAUUCAUGCAGACAGUGCAGCAUCAGUUACUUAGCAGAAAAUACUCCAUGGUAAUCAGUCGGCUAUACAAAGUUAUGGUAGUCUGUUUGUCACUGACUGUAGGUUAGGGUGUGUUGUCAUAGUGUCAGAGUCUGACUGUAGGUUAGGAUGUGUUUGUUGUCAUAGUAUAUUUAAGUAAUAAGGCCCGAGGGGUGUGGUAUAUGGCAAAUAUACCACGGCUAAGGGCUGUUCUCAUCCAUGACGCAACGCGGAGUGCCUAGAUAUAGCCCUUAGCCGUGGUAUAUUGGCCAUAUACCACAAACCCCCGAGGUGCCUUAUUGCUAUUAUAAACUGUCUACCAACGUAAUUAGAGCAGUAAAAAAAAAUGUUUUGUCAUACCCGUGGUAUACAGUCUGAAAUACCACGGCUGUCAGUCAAUCAGCAUUCAGGGCUCGAACCACCUAGUUUAUAAUGUAGUUUAGUGUGUGUUUGUUGUCACAGUAUAUUGUAGGUUAGGGUGUGUUCGUUGUCGUAGUAUAUUGUAGGUUAGGGUGUGUUUCUCCUCAGUGCAUUUUAACAACAACAUUUCAUGUGUCUUCUGAGAGUGCUGAGCUCCAGACUCACGAAGAGUGAAAUAUUUAUGUGCGGUUUCAUUUGUUAUGGCUGUCAUCACUGGGAGCUUUUAGAACAAAUGCAUGCUGUAUUCUUCCAUCACUCUCAAACCCUCUCUCAAUAUUCUCUCAGCUCCCUCGUUUUUCUCUUUCUCUGUUUCUCCCUCAUCUCCCCUCCCUCUGUCCCUUUACUCUCUUCUAUUUUCAUUCUAUUUCUCACCUCCAGAUGAAAUUCAAUUCAGCUCAAGUGAUUUUUAGAAGAUGUUUUGGGGUUGGGGGGGGGGAGGUGCAGUACCCUCCGUACCCCUACUUCCUGUGGCUAGGCUGUGUAUAUAUGCAUGAAGUUUCUCUCUUCCUCAAAUUGAUUAUGUUUGUCUCACCUCUCUUCCUUACUCCCCUUCUCUCUCUCUCUCUCUCUCUCUCUCUCUCUCUCUCCCUCUCUCUCUCUCUCUCUCUCUCUCUCUCUCUCUUCCCCUUCUCUCAGGUUCUCCUCCGGCCAGUGGAACAGGUACUCUGCAGAUCCAUCUGAUAGAUGUGAAUGACAAUGCUCCGGUGCUGAUGCCCAAGGAGGCCCAGGUGUGUGAGCGCGCCAAUCCCCGCUCCAAGGUCAACAUCACAGCCUCCGAUGCAGACGCUGACCCCCAUGUGGGGCCCUUUGUGUUCGAGCUGCCCUCCUACCCCCCCAGUGUCCGACGCAACUGGACCGUCUCCCGGAUCAGUGGUAAGACAUGGGAUCUCCACAAGAGGGGUAGUGUGUCAUAGUUGAAAUUCUGUAGUCCAACUUCUCCACACAGCCCCCCCCCCCCACCCCCCUUCUAGCUAUGACUCUGCUGAUGGCUACUUUAUUGAGGAAAAUGUAAUAAGAAUAAUAAUAAUAUGCCAUUUAGCAGACGCUUUUAUCCAAAGCGACUUACAGUCAUGCGUGCAUACAUUUUUUUGUGGAUCGAACCCACUACCUUGGCGUUACAAGCGCCGUGCUCUACCAGCUGAGCUACAGAGGACCACUAUGUACUUACUAUGCCUGUGAUAUGUGGUUGUCCCACCUAUCUAUCUUAAGAUGAAUGCACUAACUGUAAGUCACUCUGGUUAAGAGUGUCUGCUAAAUGACUAAAAUGUAAAUGCUGUUGAUUUAUAUUGUCUAAAUAUUGUCUGAUGUGUGUGUGUGGAUGCUGGCUCCCUGUGUGUUUGCUGCUGUGUGACAGAUGACAUGGUGUGGUCUCAGGCUGAUGGCCUGUGGUAUAAAGGAGCUCUUAUAUGUCAUAUAUGCAUUAUAUUUGCAUUAUAAUCCUUUCACAGCAUUAUGAGGCUGCGUUGAGACAAUGACUUAUUAAUAACCCAAGCCCAGCUCAGCAAAUCUCUACCAUUGUGGCACGGAGUUGUCAUAAUGCUUCAGCAAAUGUACAUUACACCAGGGGUGUCGGUAGAAACAAUAUAAGUAACCUAAUUUAUGUCCCUCUAACUGCCCUGAAUGCCUCUGCUGAUCCUACAGCUAUUGUAUGCAGUAAUCAUGUGCCUAUGAACCAGAUGUAUACUGUUAGCACUGAGCCGGUGUGCCCUAUGAGGAAGUCCACUGUGUGCAGCUCACCCUGCACUAACAUAAAUAACAUGAGCACAUCUACAAGCAAAAAAACAAGUAAGCAUCCCAGAAGAAAAGUGCUCAAAAUAGCCCACGUUAACAUAUGUAGCUUAAGAAACAUUAAUAUUCUGACUAUCUCUGAAACUCACUUAGAUAAUACCUUUGAUGAUACAGUGGUAGCAAUACAAAGUUAUAACAUUUACAGAAAAGAUCGAAAUGCCAAUGGUGGAGGUGUUGCUGUUUAUAUUCAGAACCACAUUCCUGUAAAGAUUAGAGAGGAUCUCAUGUUAAAUUCUGUUGAAGUAAUAUGGCUACAGGUUCAUCUGCCUCACCUAAAGCCCAUUCUGGUGGGAAGCUGCUAUAGACCACCAAGUGCUAACGGUGAGUAUCUGGAUAACGUGUGAAAUGCUUGUUAAUAUGUGUGAUAUAAACAGAGAGGUAUAUUUUCUGGGUGAUUUAAAUAUUGACUGGCUUUCAUCAAGCUGCCCACUCAAGAAAAAGCUUCAAACUGUUACCACUGCCUGCAACCUGGUUUAGGUUAUCAGUUAACCAACCAGGGUAGUUACAAACAGCACAGGAAUGAAAUCAUCAGCAUGUAUUGAUCACAUCUUUACUAAUGCUGCAGAAAUUAGCUUGAAAGCAGUAUCCAGAUCCAUCGGAUGUAGUGAUCACAAUAUAGUAGCUAUAUCUAGGUCAUACAAUAAGUUUUGUAGUGAUUCUUAUGUUGUUGAUGUAAAGAAUAUUUGUUGGUCCGUGGUGUGUAAUGAGGAGCAAACAGACACUGCACUUGACACAUUUAUGAAAUUGCUUAUUCCAGUUACUAAUAAGCAUGCACCCAUUAAGAAAAUGACUGUAAAAACUGUUAAAUCCCCGUGGAUUGAUGAGGAAUUGAAAAAUAGUAUGGUUGAGAGGGAUGAGGCGAAAAUAAUGGCAAAUAAGUCUGGCUGCACAACCGAUUGGCAAACGUAUUGCAAAUUGAAAAAUCAUGUGACUAAACUGAAUAAAAAGAAGAAGAAACUACACUAUGAAACAAAGAUAAAUGACAUAAAGAAUUAUAGUAAAAAGCUUUGGAGCACCUUCAAUUACAUUUUGGGGAAAAAAGGUAAACUCAGCUCCAUCAUUCAUUGAAUCAGAUGGCUCAUUCAUCACAAAACCAACUGAUAUUACCAACUAUUUUAAUGAUUUUUUCAUUGGCAAGAUUAGCAAACUUAGGCAUGACAUGCCAGUAACAAACGCUGACACUACAUAUCCAAGUAUAUCUGACCAAAUCAUGAAAGACAAGCAUUGUAAUUUUGCAUUCCAUAAAGUGAGUGUGGAAGAGGUGUAAAAAGUAUUGUUGUUUAUCAACAAUGACAAGGGUCUGACAACUUGGAAGGAAAAUGACUGAGGAUAAUAGCGGAUGAAAUUGCCACUCCUAUUUGCCAUAUUUUCAAUUUAAGCCUACUAGAAUGUGUGUGAGGGAAGUCUUGGAGGGAAGCAAAAGUAAUUCCGCUACCUAAGAAUAGUAAAGCCCCCUUUACUGGCUCAAAUAGCCGACCAAUCAGCCUGUUACCAACCCUUAGUAAACUUUUGGAAAACAUUGUGUUUGACCAAAUACAAUGCUAUUUUACAGUAAACAAAUUGACAACAAACUUUCAGCAUGCUUAUAGGGAAGGACAUUCAACAAGCACAGCACUUACACAAGUGACUGAUGAUUGGCUGAGAGAAAUUGAUGCUAAAAAGAUUGUGGGGGCUAUUUUUUUAGACUUCCGUGCGGCUUUUGACAUUAUCGAUCAUAGUCUGCUGCUGGAAAAAAAGUACCUGUGUAUUAUUCUGUAUGUAUUUGCAUGUACUAUAUCUCUACCAGUUCUGCUCACAUGGCCACAGAUGACUACAGUAAAACUCCGGAGUGGUCAACUGUUUAUUUCUACACCACCGCACUUCAAGCAGUGACUGGACAUUGUGUCUGUGUGACUAUGUGCAGGUGACUAUGCCCAGCUGAGACUGAGGAUUCCCUACCUGGAUACAGGGGUGUAUGAUGUUCCCAUCAUCGUGUCGGACUCCGGGAACCCGCCCCUCUCUAACAGGUCCACUAUAAAGGUCAAGGUGUGUCCAUGUGAUGACAACGGAGACUGUACUACCACCGGAGCUGUGGCUGCCGCCGGACUGGGGACCGGAGCCAUCAUAGCCAUACUCAUCUGUAUCAUCAUACUGCUUGGUGAGUAUAAUACACAUUUACACACACACGCCUGUGCUGUAGGAGUCAUUGUCUGUAUCAACAUACUACUAGAUACUGUAAGUAUAUAAUGUACAUUACACACACAACCUCUGAUAUAUCCCUUUUCACUUCAUGUCUGGGGUGUUGUGUUGUGUGUGUUGUGUGUUGCAGUCCUGGUGCUGGUGUUUGUGAUGUGGAUGAAGCGCAGGGAGAAGGAGCGUCAGGCCAAGCCCCUGCUGAUCGACCCAGAGGACGACGUCAGAGACAACAUCCUGAAGUAUGACGAGGAGGGUGGAGGAGAGGAGGACCAGGUCAGUGUUAUACACAUUACACAUGCACAAGGCUUCAUCUAACAACACAGCCAUACAGUUGAUGGCGGUGAUGAUGAUGAUGAUGAUGAUGAUGAUGAUGAUGAUGAUGAUGGUGACAACAAUGAUGAUGUGAAGACGAUGAUGAUUAUGAUGAUGAAGAUGGCAUAUUUAAUUACUGUGAUUGCACUCAGACACUUCCUUAGUCAUUCUUACAGUCCCUCUGAGUCUCCUUCCUUGCUUUGUGUUGCAGGACUAUGACCUUAGCCAGCUGCAGCAGCCUGAGUCUCUGGAGCACAUCAUCAGUAAACCAGUGGGGGUGCGCAGGGUGGACGAGAGGCCCAUCAUCGCUGAGUCCCAGUACCCCGUCAGACCCAGCCUGCCCCACCCUGGAGACAUCGGAGACUUCAUCAACGAUGUACGUUAACUAUUAGACAUCAGACGUAAUUUAUCUCAAAAGACUGUAUAAGUGUUCUAAUGUUUGAGUUUCUAUACUAAAGAACAAUCACAGUAACAGCACAGUUCAUAACAAUCACAGUAACAGCACAGUUCAUAACAUUCACAGUAGCAGCACAGUUCAUAACAAUCACAGUAACAGCACAGUUCAUAACAAUCACAGUAGCAGCACAGUUCAUAACAAUCACAAUAACAGCACAGUUCAUAACAAUCACAGUAGCAGCACAGUUCAUAACAAUCACAGAAGCAGCACAGUUAAUAACAAUCACAGUAACAGCACAGUUCAUAACAAUCACAAUAACAGCACAGUUCAUAACAAUCACAGUAACAGCACAGUUCAUAACAAUCACAGUAACAGCACAGUUCAUAACAAUCACAAUAACAGCACAGUUCAUAACAAUCACAGUAACAGCACAGUUCAUAACAAUCACAAUAACAGCACAGUUCAUAACAAUCACAGUAACAGCACAGUUCAUAACAAUCACAGUAGCAGCACAGUUCAUAACAAUCACAGUAGCAGCACAGUUCAUAACAAUCACAGUAACAGCACAGUUCAUAACAAUCACAGUAGCAGCACAGUUCAUAACAAUCACAGUAGCAGCACAGUUCAUAAAAUCACAGUAACAGCACAGUUCAUACCAAACUUAGCAACAAGCAUGCCAUCAGUAUAAUCACUAUUGCCUUCCUCUCCUCAGUGUUAACUAACCCUCUCUGUCUCUCUCUCUCUCAGGGUCUGAGGGCGGCGGACAACGACCCCACAGCCCCGCCCUAUGACUCCCUGCUGGUGUUUGACUACGAGGGCAGUGGCUCCACGGCCGGCUCUGUCAGCUCCCUCAACUCCUCCAGCUCAGGAGACCAGGACUACGACUACCUCAACGACUGGGGCCCCCGCUUCAAGAAGCUGGCAGACCUCUACAGCGGGGGAGACGACGACUGA